AUGCCUUUACGAUUAUUAUUACAUAGGACAAAUAAAUACAUUACAGAAAAGCUCCUUGAAAGUCCUGCAUUUCAUAGAUUUGCUAUUUAUACACAUAAAAGACUAACAAAAAUAACAGAAGAAGCUAUCCCAUAUAUUGAUAAGAGUACAAGAAGUAGCAUAUCAUUUAUUGAAAAUUUCAAAGAAAAUAUAAAACGAGAGAUUCAAAAAACAGUAUCUGUUGGUAUGGAAUCUGCUAUAACACCAGAAGAUGCAGUUAUAACUGCUUAUCGAUGCCACGGUUAUACCAUGGUAAGAGGCCGUAAAACUGGCAUUUCAAAAGGAAAAGGUGGCUCUAUGCAUAUGUUUGCAAAAAACUUUUAUGGUGGUAAUGGAAUUGUUGGUGCACAGAUACCUGUUGGUACAGGAAUAGCAUUUACACAAAAAUAUAACAAUACAAAUAAUGCCACAUUUAUUUUAUAUGGAGAUGGUGCAGCUAAUCAAGGACAAGUUUUUGAAUCUUACAAUAUGGCCAAAUUAUGGAAUUUGCCAGCAAUUUUUGUAUGUGAAAAUAAUUUUUAUGGAAUGGGAACAUCUAUCGACAGAAGUUCUGCGAAUACACGAUUUUACACUCGUGGACAGUAUAUCCCUGGUCUUAAGGUUAAUGGUAUGGAUGUAAUGGCAGUUAAAAAUGCGUGUUCAUGGGCUAAAGAUUGGACUGUUUCUGGAAAAGGACCUUUAGUAAUGGAGAUGGUUACUUAUCGUUAUGGUGGUCAUUCUAUGUCAGACCCUGGUACAACUUAUAGAACAAGAGAAGAAAUUCAACAUAUGAGAAGUAUAAAUGAUCCAAUUACCAAACUAAAGCAACGCAUAAUAGACAUAGGCCUUCUUACAGAAACAGAGCUUAAGCAAGUUGAAAAGGAAGCACGUACAAUUCUUGAAGAUGCAUCUAAAAAAGCUCAAA